AUGCCAAAGGUCAUCUAUGCUGAACCAGAUCGGAACAAGAAGGUCAAGUUUGACAGAGGUGAGAUGGAGGAGAGCAUUGUGGAUAUCUACGUCAGCGCAGACACCCUGAGAGACGAUAGAGUCAUUGAUAAUCACAACUCAACACAGAUAGACCAGCUACAGACCAGUUACAGCAACCUGACUAAAGAGAGAGACCAGCUACAGACCAGUUACAACACCCUGACUAAAGAGAGAGACCAGCUACAGACCAGUUACAACACCCUGAGUAAAGAGAGAGACCAGCUACAGACCAGUUACAACACCCUGACUAAAGAGAGAGACCAGCUACAGACCAGUUACAACACCCUGACUAAAGAGAGAGACCAGCUUCGGACCAGACUUUAUUACAUGUUUGAUGAACUUUUCCCUUUUACAGAUAGAGUCAUUGAUAAUCACAACUCAACACAGAUAGAUCAGCUACAGACCAGUUACAACAACCUGACUAAAGAGAGAGACCAGCUACAGACCAGUUACAACACCCUGACUAAAGAGAGAGACCAGCUACAGACCAGUUACAACACCCUGAGUAAAGAGAGAGACCAGCUACAGACCAGUUACAACACCCUGACUAAAGAGAGAGACCAGCUACAGACCAGUUACAACACCCUGACUAAAGAGAGAGACCAGCUACAGACCAGUUGAAACACCCUGACUAAAGAGAGAGACCAGCUUCGGACCAGUUACAACACCCUGACUAAAGAGAGAGACCAGCUUCGGACCAGUUACAACACCCUGACUAAAGAGAGAGACCAGCUUCAGACUAGUUACAACACCCUGACUAAAGAGAGAGACCAGCUACAUUCUGACAGAGUUUUUCUUAGCGGGAGGCUUUCCAAUCUCAGUGAGUAA